AUGGAGGGGCCUUUAUCCGUGUUUGGGGACCGCAGCACUAGGGAGGCAAUCCGCUCCCAGAACGUUAUGACUGCAGCUUCAAUUGCCAAUAUUGUAAAAAGUUCUCUUGGUCCAGUUGGCUUGGAUAAAAUGUUGAUGGAUGAUACUGGUGAUGUAACCAUUGCUAACGAUGGUGCACCCAUCCUAAAGUUACUGGAGGUAGAACAUCCUGAAGCUAAAGUUCUUUGUGAGCUGGCUGAUCUGCAAGACAAAGAAUUUGGAGAUGGAACUACCUCAGUGGUUAUUACUGCAGCAGAACUCCUAAAAAAUGCAGACGAAUUAGUCAAACAGAAAAUCCAUCCCACAUCAGUCAUUAGUGGCUAUCGAUUUGCUUGCAAGGAAGCAGCAGUGCGUCAUAUCAAUGAAAACCUAAUCGUUAACACAGAUGAACUGGGAAGAUACUGCCUGAUUAAUGCUGCUAAGACAUCCAUGUCUUCCAAAAUCAUUGGAAUAAAUGGUGAUUUCUUUGCUAACAUGGUAGGAGAUGUACUUGCUAUUAAAUAUACAGAUAUAAGAGGCCAGCCACACUAUCCAGUCAAUUCUGUUAGUAUUUCGGAAGCCCAUGGGAGAAGUCAAACAGGCAGUAUGCUCAUCAGUGACUAUGCACUAAACUGUGUGGUGGGAUCCCAGGGCAUGCCCAAGAGAACUGUAAGUGCAAAAAUUGUUUGCCUUGACUUUAGCCUGCAAAAAACAAAAAUGAAACUUGGUGUACAGGUGGUCAUUACAGACCCUGAAAAACUGGACCAAAUUGGACAGAGAGGAUCAGAUAUCACCAACGAGAGAAUUCAGAAGAUCCUAGCAACUGGUGCCGACAUUCUAACCACUGGUGGAAUUGAUGAUAUGUGUCUGAAGUAUUUUGUGGAGGCUGGGGCUAUGGCAGUUAGAAGAGUUUUAAAAAGGGACCUUAAAUGCGUUGUGAAAGCUUCUGGAGCAACUAUUCUGUCAAGUCUGGCGAAUUUGGAAGGUGAAGAAACUUUUGAAGCUGCCAUGUUGGGACAGGCAGAAGAAGUGGUACAGGAGAGAAUUUGUGAUGAUGAGCUGAUCUUAAUCAAAAACACUAAGGCUUGUACAUCUGCAACGAUUAUCUUACAUAGGACAAAUGAUUUCAUGUGUGAUGAGAUUGAGCAUUCUUUACAUGAUGCUCUUUGUGUAGUGAAGAUAGUUUUGGAGUCAAAAUCCAUGGUUCCAGGUAGGGAUGCUGUAGAAGUAGCCCUUUCUAUAUACCUUGAAAAUUACGCAACCAGCAUGGGGUCUUGGGAACAGAUUGCUACUGCAGAGUUUGCAAGAUCACUUCUUGUUAUUCCUAAUACCCUGGCAGUUAAUACUGCCCAGGACUCUACAGAUCUGGAUGCAAAAUUAAGAGCUUCUCAUAAUGAGGCUCAGGUUAACUCAGAAUGUAAAAAUCUAAAAUGGAUUGGUCUUGAUUUGAAGAAUGGUAAAUCUCGAGAAAACAAACAAGCAGGAGUUUUUGAACCAACCAUAGUUAAAGUUAAGAGUUUUAAAUUUGCAACAGAAGCUGCAAUUGCCAUUCCUCAAAUUGAUGAUCUUAUUAAGUUACAUCCAGAAAGUAAAGAUGAAAAACAUGUAGGUUAUGAAGAUGCUGUUCACUCUGGAGCCCUUAAUGAUUGA